AUGACGGUUACCAAGCGAAACGUCGUGGGCGGUUCCGUGGCUGCGGAAUUCCUGAAGCAUCCUCAUCUCUAUCAUAUCCGGGCAAUCACCCGUGACCCUUGCAAGCCCAAGGCCCAGCAGCUCGCUGCCCAGAGAGUUGAUCUCUGUCGUGCCGACUUGGAGGGUGAUAGAGAAGCUCUGACCGCGGCCUUUGCCGGUGCGGAUGUCAUCUAUGCACUGACUGACUUCUGGCAGAAGCAGUCCGCUGCAGCUGAGAUUGAGCAGGGUAAGACCAUUGUGGAUGCUGCUGCUGGAAUCACGACGCUGCAGCACUUCGUCUGGAGCGCCUUGCCCGACCCUGUUGCCUUAUCCGACGGCCAGUUCCUGAAUGUGCAUCACUGGAAGGGCAAGAGCUUGAUUACCGAGUAUAUCCAAACCCAGAAACCGGACCUGUGGGCCAAAACGACCACUAUUCUUUUCCCCAAUUACUUUGAGAACACCUUGACCGAUCCCCAGCGAUAUUUGCCCGUCAAGGACGCCAAGGGCACCUACAACCUCAAGUUCCCGCACAGCCCGCAGACGGUUCUGCCUAAUGUGGCAAUCCGUGAUACGGGCAAGCUGGUACAUGUGGUCCUCGAGGCUGGCUCCACCUACUUCACCAAGACCAUCGCCUUCUGGGCUGAGGCAUUGUCUGAGGCCGACAAGCUCACUGAGCUGGGCUCCUGUAUGGUUCCCCUGUAUAGUAGCAUCGGUCCAUUGUGCUAA